AUGUGGAUGUAUUCCAGGAAUCACACCCAACAAGGGAAGCAGUGCCCCUGUAUCAUGACUGGCCCCACCCAACAAGGGAACCAGUGCCCCUGUAACAUGGCUGGCCCCACCCAACAAGGGAACCAGUGCCCCUGUAACAUGGCUGGCCCCACCCAACAAGGGAAGCAGUGCCCCUGUGUCAUGCCUGGCCCCACCCAACAAGGGAAGCAGUGCCCCUGUAACAUGGCUGGCCCCACCCAACAAAGGAACCAGUGCCCCUGUAACAUGGCUGGCCCCAUCCAACAAGGGAACCAGUUCCCCUGUAACAUGGCUGGCCCCACCCAACAAGGGAACCAGUGCCCCUGUAACAUGGCUGACCCCACCCAACAAGGGAACAAGUGCCCCUGUGUCAUGCCUGGCCCCACCCAACAAGGGAAGCAGUGCCCCUGUAACAUGGCUGAACCCACCCAACAAGGGAAGCAGUGCCCCUGUAACAUGGCUGGCCCCACCCAACAAGGGAACCAGUUCCCCUGUAACAUGGCUGGCCCCACCCAACAAGGGAAGCAGUGCCCCUGUGUCAUGGCUGGCCCAACCCAACAAGGAAACCAGUGCCCCUGUAACAUGGCUGGCCCCACCCAACAAGGAAACCAGUGCCCCUGUAACAUGGCUGGCCCCACCCAACAAGGGAACCAUUGCCCCUGUAACAUGGCUGGCCCCACCCAACAAGGGAACCAGUUCCCCUGUAACAUGGCUGGCCCCACCCAACAAGGGAACCAGUGCCAUUAUAACAUGGCUGACUCCACCCAACAUGAUGAACAGUGUCACGUGGUUGUGGGUUUUAUGACCGCUGACAAGGCGGCAUCGAAUAUUCACCUGUCUAGUGAAGAAGUGUGUGCCAGAUUCCUGGGGCAACUGGAUACCAUUUUUGGGACCCCUGAGGACCCCCGACCAGCCUCUGACAACCUGGUCAACUACGUGUACUAUCAUUGGUCCAAACACCCCUACGUCAGAGGUGGCUACAGCAGUCCGACUGCGCUUGCGCACGGCCUACGGCACCAUCUAGCUAGUCCGGUCAGCGGUCGACUGUUUUUCGCGGGAGAGGCAACGAAUGUCAAGGUCUCUGCCACCGUCCCUUCGGCGAUAGAGUGGGGAGAGAGCGGCGGAGGGGGUGCUACAGCAAGCAUUGAGGAGUUGUCAGCGGAGGGUACCCAUUAA